UGUUUGGGCGUUUUACGGAAUUGAGUUUUUCUUGUUUUUUCUCUUGAGAUGGAAUUGGCCUAGAAGAUUGGGAGUUAUUAGCAGAUUUCUGGAGUUGUUUUUUUGGUUCAAGUUUGAUAUUCUUAGUGUUCUUUUGAGAGAAUUGGGGUUUCUUGUUGGGGGUGGAAUUGGAUUUUAAAGCUGAGAAUUCAUGCUGCACUUCGAUUUUUACUUAACUGCGUUGUUGUUGGAUAGUAUAGUAUGGGAUCGAAGGAAAUCAAGUCACCUGGUAUGGGAAUCAAAUCACCAGGUAUGGGAUCCAACGAAAUCAAGUCACCUGGUAUGGGAAUCAAAUCACCAGGUAUGGGUUCAAAGGAAAUCAAAUCGCCGGAAGACUUGCCGGAGAAUUCGGCAAGGUUAGAUCCGAAUUCUGACUCGUUCCAUAGCAAGAAGCUUGGGAUCUAUUUUGCUGAGAGUGACGAUAGGCGGACAGUGAUUAGCGGUGGAUAUGUAGGUGGAACAACACCAGUUAAUAUCCGUGGAAAACCCAUUACCGAUCUGUCUAAGACAGGUGGUUGGAUUGCUGCCUUCUUCAUUUUUGGUAAUGAGAUGGCAGAGAGGAUGGCUUACUUUGGUCUUGCUGUUAAUAUGGUGACUUUUAUGUUCUAUGUCAUGCAUCGUCCUUUUGCCAGUUCGGCAAAUGCAGUUAAUAAUUUCUUGGGCAUAUCACAAGCAUCAUCUGUGCUUGGUGGGUUUCUUGCUGAUGCAUAUCUUGGUAGAUACUGGACAAUAGCUAUCUUCACAACCGUGUACCUUGCGGGUUUGACAGGAAUAACCUUGUCUGCUACAAUGAGUGUACUUAUGCCAAGUCAGGAUCAUUGUGAUCAGCUAUCCUUAAUAUUGGGUGGUUGUGAGCCAGCAAAAUCAUGGCAAAUGACCUAUCUGUAUACAGUCCUCUAUAUAACAGCAUUUGGAGCUGCAGGCAUAAGGCCCUGUGUCUCAUCCUUUGGGGCUGAUCAGUUUGAUGAAAGGAGUAAAGAUUACAAGGCUCACUUGGAUAGAUUUUUCAAUUUCUUCUAUCUUUCGGUCACCAUUGGGGCAAUCGUGGCCUUCACCAUGGUAGUCUAUGUUCAGAUGAAACAUGGAUGGGGGUCGGCCUUUGGAUCGUUGGCCAUAGCCAUGGGCAUUUCGAACGUGGUCUUCUUUGCGGGUACGCCUUUGUAUCGACACAGAUUACCAGGAGGUAGCCCUCUGACACGUGUUGCGCAGGUAUUGGUUGCUGCUGUCCGUAAGAGACAUGCAUCGUUCUCUAGCAGUGAGUUUGUGGGUUUGUAUGAGGUUCCUGGCAAGCACUCUGCCAUCAAGGGUAGCAGGAAGAUAGCGCACACCGAUGAUUUUAGGUGUUUGGACAAGGCAGCCCUGCAACUCAAAGAAGAUGGGGCCAAUCCAAGUCCCUGGCGACUUUGCACAGUAACCCAAGUAGAAGAGGUUAAGAUACUUAUAAAACUCCUCCCAGUAUCAGCCUGCACAAUCAUGCUCAGUGUAAUCUUGACAGAGUUUCUGACCCUAUCGGUCCAGCAAGCCUAUACCUUGAACACCCACAUGGGCCAUCUCAAACUACCUGUCACAUGUAUGCCUGUCUUUCCCGGCCUCAGCAUCUUCCUCAUCCUGUCCCUGUACUACUACACCUUCGUCCCGCUGUCCCGCCGCAUCACGGGCCACCCCCAUGGCGCCUCCCAGCUCCAGCGUGUAGGCGUCGGCUUGGCAGUGUCGAUCCUCUCGGUGGGGUGGGCUGGUGUGUUCGAGAGAUACCGUAGAAACUAUGCUAUCAAGCAUGGCUUUGAGGCCCUCUUCCUGACGGCCAUGCCCAACCUUAGUGCAUAUUGGCUGUUGAUCCAGUACUGCCUGAUCGGCAUCGCGGAGGUGUUUUGUCUCGUGGGCCUUCUGGAAUUCUUAUAUCAAGAGGCCCCUGAUGCCAUGCGAAGCAUGGCGUCUGCUUAUGCGGCCAUAGCUGGUGGUUUGGGAUGCUUUGUAGCCACUAUACUCAACAACAUCAUUGAAUCCAUAACGGGGAAUGAUGAUGAAGGGCGUCCAUCAUGGCUGUCUCAAAACAUCAAUAAGGGGAGGUUUGAUUACUUGUAUUGGCUCCUCAUGGUCUUGAGUGUGGUCAAUUUCUGUGUUUUCGUGUAUUCAGCACGGAGAUAUAAAUACAGGACUCUCCUUCGGUCAGAGUCGGAACUAACUUCGACGAAUGCGGGUGUCAGUUCGGCAGCUGGUAACUAGGAAGAUAUAGUCAAGGUUGGUGAAUGUGAUUCUUGUGUUUGUAUUCCAUUGCGCCCAUUUGUUUACGGGGUUUUAUUGUUGUUUUUUAUAUUAUUUUUUAUGGAAGCUUAAGAAAUGUAUGGUUCAGAUUGAAGGUCAUGAUAUGUAUGGUUCCCAUAAUGGUGGGCCAACUCUCAUACAUGUUUUAUCUUCUAUGACAAGAAGCUACUAUGUUGUGUUCAUUGUAGAA